AUGUUAAUGGAUUUAGACAACAAGAUGGAAUGGAACAAGAGUUUUCAGUCGAAUAGUAUAUUUGUUUAUAAUUUUCCUAACGAAUGGAUGGAAAAUGACAUAAAAAAAAACUUUUUGAUGUUCGGAACAAUAAAUAACAUAAUCAUAGACAAAGAUAUAAACGUGUACGCAUUUAUACAAUAUAACGACAGUGAAUCAUCACAAAAAGCUAUUGAAGUAAUGAAUGGAAAAGAAAUAAAUGGAAAAGUAUUGAAAGUUACUUCGACAAAAAUGGUGGACGAGUGCCUAGAUAUGAAUUCAACAAAAAUGGACUCACAACAAAAAUCACAAUCAAGUAACGAUAACAAAAAAACAACACUUUUUGUUUUUUAUCUGCCUCCACACUGGAAUGAUCAGGAUUUAUUUGAUAAAUUCAAAACAUUUGGAAAUUUAGAGAGCGCUACUGUAGCAAAAAAAAAUGAUAAAUCAAGUAAGGGAUACGGUUUUGUUGUUUACACCGACCCACAUAGUGCUGCACUAGCUAUAUCAAAUAUGAACAAGGUCGAAGUAUACACAGGAAAAAGACUUAAGGUUUUGUUAAAAUCUAAUUCUAAUGAAAACAACAAGAAAAAGAUAAAACCCGGAUGUACGAUUUUCGUUUUUUAUUUACCUAACGACUGGAGUGACAAAGAUCUAAAGAGGCAUUUUUCGCAUUACGGAAAUAUAUUAGGUGCAACGAUAAAAAGGGAAACUAAUGGAAAAAGUAGGGGUUAUGGUUUCAUUAACUUUGAAAAUCAGCAAAGUGCAAUUAAUGCUGUAGCGGGUAUGAAUGGAUUUAACGCAGGCAAUAAAUACUUGAAAGUUUCAAUAAAAAAGGGGGAAGAACAGUACUUGGCUCCUCAAUAUGUAAAUAUAGAUAGAAUGCCCAACAAUUCGUAUACUUCCCCGCCUCCUCCACCUCCACCUAUUUCAUGCCACGGAAACGAUUCAUCAAAUUUCGCUAAUAAUGAAAUGUAUUCUAUUCAAAAUACGUUACCAAAUAAUCGAUUCAAUUCUCGUGUUUCUACUAACGAAAUGCACCAGUCAUUUAUUAAUAGCCAGUAUGGGCAUUUUCCUUAUAAUUUUUUUAAAAAUAAUGAACAAGGGGCUUACAUGCAGAGAUCUUAUAAUAAGAACUAUAACAUGGGGAAGACCUAA